AUGAAUUGCCGCUCCGAGGUUCUCGAAGUAACGGUGGAGGCGAGGCAGGUGGAAGAAGCGAUGCUGGCUUUGCUGCACACCAUUUUACUGCAUCGCAGCUCCGGGAAAUUUCACUACAAAAAGGAGGGCACCUACUCCAUAGGUACGGUGGGCACACUUGACAUCGACUGCGACUUCAUCGAUUUCACGUUCGUCAGGGUGUCCUCGGAGGAGCUGGACAGAGUGAUCAGGAAAGCUGUGUCUGAAUUCAAGGAUGCGCUGAGCAGCGAUGGCAUGGGGCAAAUCUCCCUGGAGUUUUACCAGAAGAAGAAGUCUCGCUGGCCCUUCUCCGACGAGUGCAUUCCCUGGGAGGUGUGGAGCAUCAAGGUCAACAUGGUCAACCUGGCCAACGAGCAGGAGAGGCAGAUCUGCAGGGAGAAAGUGGGCGAGAAGCUCGGCGAGAAGGUGAUCAACGUUGUGGAGGUCAUAAACCGCCACGAGUACCUGCCAAAGAUGCCCACCCAGUCUGAAGUGGACAACGUGUUUGACACCAGCCUCAAGGAUGUCCAGCCCUACCUUUACAAGAUCACAUACCAGAUCACAGACUCUCUGGGCACCUCUGUGAGCACGACCAUGAGAAGGCUGAUCAAAGACACCCUGGCACUGUGAGGAUGUGCUCCAAGACAGAAAGCAGAAAGAUCUGGACGAUUUUACCCAUCACUGUAUCUACAGUGAUGCCUGACAAGUCUUUUUUUUUAAAGUUCAUAAACACAAUUCGACAGCUGUUCUGCUGCUACAACGAAGCAGUGUUUGUGUACGCGUCUAAUCAGUAACUUAGUUUGGUGUCUCUGCUGUGGUUUCAGUAUUGCUUGUACCUUUUAAGAAUCUUCUAUUAUGUCAUGUUGAUUUAAGACAUUUCAUUUGCAAGCUCUCAAAUUAUCUUCACUUUUCACCGUCUUGGAAUGUAACUUAAACACAGAAGCAAAUAACAUUAUAUAUAUCAGUUAAAUUCUUUCAUAAAUUGUGUUGCAGAUAUUAUCGAUAUUGUCGGUAAAUGAUUGUUAAUCUUUAAAAUAAAUGUGUGAUGUAA